GCUCUUGUUGUUGUGAUUUUAAUGGGAUGGCUCUUCGUGCCCAUCUACAUAAAGGCUGGGGUCGUGACCAUGCCGGAGUAUUUGAAGAAACGCUUUGGUGGGCAGCGUAUCCGUAUCUACCUCUCCGUGCUGUCCCUGUUUCUCUACGUUUUCACCAAAAUCUCCGGGGACAUGUUUGCAGGAGGCGUUUUUAUCAACCAGGCUCUGGGACUGAACAUUUACCUGGCCGUGAUUAUUCUGCUGCUGAUUACAGCUCUUUAUACAGUAACAGGUGGUCUAGCUGCAGUCAUCUACACAGACACCCUGCAGACCGUCAUCAUGGUCGUGGGAUCAUUCAUUCUCAUGGGCUUUGCGUUCACUGAGGUCGGAGGCUAUGAGAACUUCAAGGACCGCUAUAUGAAUGCGAUCCCGUCAGCGGUGGGUGUAAACAUCAGUGAAUCGUGCUACACCCCUCGUGCAGACUCAUUCCACAUGUUCAGAGACCCAAUUACUGGUGAUCUGCCCUGGCCUGGAAUGAUCUUUGGUCUCACUAUCCAGGCUGCCUGGUACUGGUGUGCUGAUCAGGUGAUUGUGCAGCGCUGUCUGUCUGCCAAGAGCCUGUCUCAUGUGAAAGCUGGCUGCAUCCUGUGUGGUUAUCUCAAACUUCUGCCCAUGUUUAUCAUGGUUUUCCCUGGCAUGAUCAGCAGAGUGUUGUAUACAGAUGAGAUUGCAUGUGUGGAUCCAAAAGAGUGUAACGACUACUGUGGAGUCAGUGUGGGCUGCAGUAAUAUUGCUUAUCCUAAACUAGUGGUGGACCUGAUGCCAAACGGUCUCAGAGGCUUGAUGUUGUCCGUCAUGCUGGCCUCUCUGAUGAGUUCACUCACUUCCAUCUUUAACAGCGCCAGCACACUCUUCACCAUGGACAUCUACACCAAGAUCCGUCCCAAAGCCAAAGAAAAGGAGCUCAUGAUCGCUGGCAGGGUGUUCAUGCUGUUUCUGAUCGGCGUGAGUAUCGCAUGGAUCCCCAUCGUUCAGACGGCUCAGAGCGGCCAGCUCUACGAUUACAUUCAGUCUGUCACCAGUUAUCUGGCUCCGCCCAUUGCCGCUGUCUUCAUUCUCGCCAUUUUCUGCAAGCGAGUCAAUGAACCAGGCGCUUUCUACGGGUUGUGUAUUGGUCUGUUGGUGGGUCUGGCACGUAUGAUACCCGAGUUUGCCUAUGGCACGGGCAGCUGCGUGAGCCCCAGUAACUGUCCCACGAUCAUCUGCGGUGUGCACUACCUGUAUUUUGCACUCAUCCUCUUCACCCUGUCCUGUGUAUUGAUACUGGUCAUCUCCCUCAUGACCAAACCCAUUGACGACAAACAUCUGUACAGACUCUGCUGGAGUUUGAGGAACAGCACUGAGGAGAGGAUAGAUCUAGAGUUAGAUGACUGGACUGAUGAACAGGAUUCCAGCUCUAUGGAAAAAGAAGAGAUGCGUGAGGAACCAGGCUUUUGUAAGAAGGCCUACAACUGGUUCUGUGGCUUUGAUCAAGGCAAUGACUCUAAACUGACUAAAGAACAGGAGGCGGAGAUGAAGAUGAAGCUCACCAACACCACUGAGAAACCUCUAUGGAGAAACGUGGUCAACGCUAACGCUAUUAUCCUACUCGCUGUCUGCGUCUUUUUCCAUGGUUUCUUUGGUUAAAGAUCACACCAGUAUCAUCUAACUCAGUUAAUGAUAUUUGACCUGUAUUCUGUGGACAGAAAUGUUCCCUUUCAGUAACAUCAAGCUAAAUGUGAUUACUCAGAUUAAUGUACAUUGGUUUUAGCACCUAAACUGACUUUCAUUGUAAACCCAAGACUAAAACUGAUCAUUUAUAUAAUCAUGUUUUUUGUCAAAUCGUUCUUAACUGCUAUAGUAUCAAAUUUAACAGAUGCCUGGCAGUUUUUACUGUACAUUCUGUACAAGUCUUCUGAUGCACUCGUUAUUGUGGUGCAUAGUGGGAUUAAAUGAGUGCACUCGAUAAUGUCCUCUAUGGUUUCAGAAACCUGCAAAUGGCUGUUCACUCAAAUAGUGCCAAAUUUAAGGGUAUUGGGGGCAAUUUUGGGCACAGCCCAUGUGUCACUGUUGCUUUGUCUGUUACACAUCGUUUGAAAUCACUUUACUUUACUUUCACUUUACUGAAA